GCAAGUUUUCGUUGAAUGACUUUCUGGAGGUUUCAUCAUAUGACACAAUAGUUUAUCUGUAAUACCCGGGGAUGCGAGGACAAUGGUUGGCAACCCUAGACUAGGAAGUGCUGGGCAGGCCUCUUGUGUCACUGAGAGGAGGGACAGAAAUAAAACCAUUCUUCUCUGCUCCAAGAAGUGUCCCAAUGGGCACGCUAUACAAACAGUAGAGCGCUAAGACCACGCUCAGCCAGAUGCAGACUCCUGCUGUCCUGAACCUGAGCAAGUGUGCAAAGCCAGCUCCUGUCUUGUGUUUUCAUGGAGAGUGGAUGUUUGUUCAUUGCCACUUACCACAGUUAUCAAACAAACAUGGGAUGAUUCCAGCACAUUAUGUGAUGCCCUGGAAAGAAGACAUGAAGAACAGGAAAUUCACUUUAAAGCAUGCAGCGGUUGUUGGGAUAUAUACUGGUGCCACAGAAGAUUGUCUCUUUUUGGAGCAUAGAGAAAGACUUUGCCAUGGAGAAGAAAGAAAAUGCAUACGGGAGAAAAUUCCUCUGGAAAUGCCAAUUGAGGAUAUUCCCAUACAUUCUCAUCUCUCCAGGUACCAGAAGUCUGUGGUUGCUCAUGCAUGGAGGUUGAAACUCUGACCUGUUUUUUUCCCCUGUCAUUACAGUCAUGUUUGAACUGUAUAGACUGUGAAUUUUAAACUUGCUGCAAGAAAACACAGUGUGGUGCAUUUUUUUCUUCAAAAUAGAAUUAACAUAUUUUAAAAACUGAUUAGAUGUUCUAUUUGAAAUGCAAAACAAUUUCUUUCCGAAUUUUGACCAGCUUAUUUUUAUUAGGGAAAGGAUAAUCUCAAAAGUUUCAACCUUUCAGUUUGACAUAAAUAAGCAGCAUACAGACAUUUGGAUGCUUAUCUGACAUUUAUACAAACUUUUGGAUUCUACUGAUUUUUCCAUCACCAUUUUGAAAGAUUUAUCAGUCCCACUCCUUAUUCUCUAUUGUUUUCUUAGAGAAAGUCCCUCUGGCUCUGGCCUACCAGCCCUUCUGCAUCUUCUGAAGGUGACUAGCUAGCUUUCCUCUCCUGGGACUUCAAGGGGUAGCUGAUUGGUUCACUUCCCACUUACUUUUCUUUAGGUGAUACUUGCAUUUCUCCCUCUACCUAAAUGUGAAAGAAGAUACUUUCUGAGAUGCAGGUAGCAACAUCAGGAUGGGGACAUUUUCCAACUUAUGCUGUUGUACUUGACUCAGCUCUAGGUCUAAAUUGCUCCUAACUUAAAAAAGCUAUACCAUAAAAAGGAAUUUCCUUUGUUGGCUGGAGGUGGAUUCAUGGGUUUAUAAAGCCACUAAGAUGAUGGAGGAAGUAAAGGAGACAAAAUUUGGGGAGAUACUAAAUGGCAAUCACUUAAAGUAAGUGCUGAAAGGCCCAAAAAUAUAAAUGGAAACAGAUAAAUAAAACCCAUGAAUAAGAACAGUUGCUUCCAAUCAUACAGGAGCAUUCUGCUAUGGAAUUAAUUUCCAUUUGUCAGUCAAGAACAGAUGCCAUUAACAUUACUUAAUUGAAUUUUGAAUUGUAAUGGCUAUUUAGUCACAAUUGUUUAUUUUGAAAAUGCCACAGAUUCUAAUUUCAACAGGUGAGAAAUGGGAAAUUAAAGAAAAUUUAAAACCUUUUAAAUUUAAAAGCUGCUAAGUAUUCAUAAAUGUUUUGGGAUACAAAAUAUACUUUGCACAUAACCAGUUUUAUUUAUUUCAUAUCCGCUGAAAGGAAAACAAUUAAGACAUUUUGGCUUGCCAUUGUUAUAUGCUAAUAAAACUUAAAUGUACAUUGGCGCACAAUUUAAAAAUAUUGUUUUAGUCACAAAUACACUUUAUUUCAAAUUAUAAUUAAAAUUUAACUUUAUAACACUUUCUGCUCUGGGUUGUAGAGGCUCAUUCCUGACUAGACCAAAAGCAGAAAGGAGCUGUCUGUUUUAAUUUAUAAGUACUUAAGAUUUGCAAAGUCAUCAUGCAAACAAACAAGCUAUAGGGUCUCAAUAACACUUUUAUACAUAGUUAGUAAGUGCUCAGUACUUUGUGUCUAGAAAUACUAAUUACAAAAUAGUUUAUUUACUCUGGUUCCAAAUCUGAAACACUUUCGUGUGUGUGUGUAUAUUUUUUAAAUAAUAUCAUUACAUUUUUAUUGUUAUAGCUUUAACCUCAGAGCUACUGCAGUUGUGGAUAAAAUCUACAGCUGAAAUAAUUUUCUUUUAUAGACAAAGAAAUAAAAAUAUGACCUACAGCAUCGCUCUCUAAAACCAUGAGUAAGAUUAAAAACGAGUAGUCGUGUGGCACUUUAGAGACUAUAUAUUAGAGCAGUGUUUUUCAAAAUGGUCUGUGAAUCCACUCUGAGAAACCUGCUAACUGGCCGCUGUAGUUUGUUUAUAUACUGACUCCGUAGCCAUGGAGUCUUGCAGCUCCCAUUGGCUCCAGUUUGCCAUUUCCUGCCAGACCACUUCCUGCGGCUCCCCUUGGCUGCAAAUGGCGAACCAGAGCCAGUGGGAGCUGUGAGGCUCCUUGGCUGUGGAGUCAUUAAGUAAAUAAACCAGAGCAGCUCAUUAGCAGGUUUCUCCGAGUGGAUUCACGGACCACUUUGAGAAACACUGAUUUAGGAUAUGUCUACACAGCAGCAUUAUUUCAGAAUAACUAACGUUAUUCCAAAAUAGUAUAGCACCCGUUUACACUGCCAGCUUUUAUUUCAAAAUAAUGGUGAGCUGGAGAACUUCUUACUCCAAUAGCUGUAAC